ACCAGUUGCGGAUGCUGAAUGCAGACGACAGGUUCUGAUGGUAAGAACUGGUCGGGUGACCAUUAUAAAUACUGCCGUCAGCUUGUUUCACAGACAGUCACAUCGGAUUAACAGAUACGGAUGCAGCAAUCUGCCGCAAAAAAGUUUUAGGGCUCUUUCUACCGGUCCGACGCGUGCUUGUGUAGCAGAACGUUUCGCGCAGACGGACUCUGUCAAACGAGGUUUCCUCAUUUUGUUUAAACUAUUUCCGCCUUAUCAUUGGUUAUUAUUCAGAUUUCGGAUUCAUCAUUGCCUAUUGCCAAGCUGCUGGAUAUAAAGGCAUACGUUUGACUUUGAAACUAAUGCAUUUCUUUUACCAGACGUUUCAAUGGUGUCACAAGUAAUAGCAUUUGAGAAAGUUUUUACAAAACGCGUAAGAAUCAACGGAUCUUGGGUUUUCUUGCAGUGUAACAUUUGUGUAACAUUUUUUGACAGAAGGUCCAAGAAUUCGUUGACUCUAGAGCAUAUCGAAGGAUUAUCACUACUUUGCUGACGGACUCAAAUACAAAUUAGUACGACGGAAGGCAACGAUUUCUCUUCGCGAUUCGCAGUUCUAAACAUUUAAGACAUUAGAACGCCAACAUAUCGUCCUCUGCAGCAUCAGUAAGCCAAGGAAUUUGAUCUAGAAAGAGGAAAGUUACGGAAUAUCUUGCUAUUGACGGACUGAAGUGAUAUCUCUCGUCAUGGAUUCAGAGGACAAGAUGAACUCGCGGAAGAAAGAGAAAACGGAGCAAACUUCGCACAAGCUCAUCGAAAAGCGACGGAGGGAUCGCAUCAACAACUGUCUUGCCGAAUUGAGCCAGGCCGUACCAGCAGCUUUCGCUAAACAGUCUACAGGCAAACUUGAGAAGGCAGAGAUAUUGGAGAUGACUGUCGAGUAUUUGAGAGCAAUCCAGGCGACUGAAAUCGGAUCCCGCUUUGAGAGCGGCGAGUGGUUUACCUCGGACAUCUGGGGUGACUUCGUCGGGCAUUACCAGUCCGGUUACAGUGACUGUAUGAGAGAGCUCAUCCGCUACAUGACAGAGGUAGAGCACCUAGAUACCGCGGACAACAGAUGCGUCAGGAUCCUCUCUUAUCUCCAGACAAGGUUCAGACCAGACAGCUCAGUGAACAGUGGCACCGUCUACCGGGACAGCUUGUCAAGAUCGUCUGUGAGUCCAACACAACGUCAACACGUGUCGUCAUCAAAUUCACAACGAAGCCAUCACAGAUUUUCUCCCUAUUCUCUCCCAAGUGGCUCCCAUACGCCAAGAACAGACGGAGACUUGUUUGGGGAGAAACAAGUUGGGUCUCUGGCCAUGAUAACCCCAGUGUCUUCAUCAAGCCCCCUAGUAUCUUUGGUGAACUUACCGAGGACUUCUCCUGCCAUAAGGACACAAACGCAUGGCCUUUACGGACUGAUGAAUGGCAACUUUGACCGCCUCAUCGGUGUGGCCUCUAAUGGUCAGCCCGCAUUACAGUCGGAGUCACGAAUAUCCGCCUUCACCAGACAGAUCCAAAAAUGAUAAAAAUAAUCUCACAUUUUUUGUGGUUGGCUCGGAAAGACGAUAUAUUGAUACAAUGCUUAAUAUGUGUAGCUCUACGCGAAAGUUUGGCAGCCCUUCUUAAAACAGGAACCAGGUUACAUGUAAUUGUCAAAGGAGAAGAACAAGCGGAGAGAAAACAUAUGAAACACAUCGUUCUCAGCUUAUCAUUCUAACAGUGUGUAAAUAAGCAUCACUGAGUAACAAGCAGUUAUUCGUAAAAAAUACCACUAGAUAUUCAAUUCUAUACAUGUUCGUAAAGCUUUCUAUAAGGAAAGGUUAAACCGCCUCGGCUUGAGAAUCAGUUACUGCGAUUCCCAUAUCUGAAUUUCAGUGCUAUCCUGAAUACUGAUGACAUCAUGUAAACAACACGACGCUGCACGUUUUGGUUGGGUUGGUGUAUCCGCAAAGUUAUACUCUAAAACAUCGAAUACAAGGAAUAAGGCUCCGCCUCAAAUCAAUACAAUGGUGUUAAAUGGGGAUGGGCCAAUAAGACAGGUAUUAUUCUUUUAACAAUGGCGUGUGCCAAUGGAGUCGCAUGUGUUAUAAUCACUCUCUGUCUUGGCUGCAAUUGACAGUGAAACGAAAUCAACAUCACUGGUUACAGUAGCCGCAUUUAUUCUAAAAAAAGAGACCCAUUGUGUCGUUUAUGUAGAAUUUAUAUUGAGGUUUUAGAAUCCCUCCUCCUUUGGAAUGAUUGGGGGCGGAGCCUCAUUCCUUGUAUUCGAGGUUUUAGAGUAUAUCUCCAAUAGCUGCUUCUCUACUUGUUUGCCACUGCUUUGUUGAUUAACAGACUUAAGCACACGGCUAUUCUGACACUGUUCCUUCGAAUAUGAUGCUGAUCCUGCCGUCCCAUUCCGACGUCGAACCAGCACAAACCGGCCAAAAUAAUGAUACCUCGAUGUGAACGUUAUUGUCUCUGGCCAACAAUGCCGCUCCUUACAUGUAUGAUUGAUUAUCGUAACAUCUACAACAAUCCAAAGCAUAAAAUUCAUCGACAUGAACUUUAAAACGUGUUGUUGUGAUGUAUUUUUUAUUCAAAAACCUGCAUCCAAAUACAUGUA